ACACUCACUCACACUCACUCACAGAUACUCACACUCACUCACAGAUACUCACACUCACUCACAGAUACUCACACUCGCCUCCCCGGGUAUCGCGAUAUUCGUGCUCUUCUUAACCCCGAGUGCUUCGCUUGGAGAGGUGAGGGUCUGUGGGGGGCGGGGGGUCGCGAUGCCCGGUGCCUGCAACAACAACAACAAUAACAGCAACAACAGCAACAGCUGCGUCAACAGCCCGGUGAACGGCGCCUCCGCUGGGGGGCUGCUGGGGGCCCCCUCCCCACGGGAGGCGGCGAGCGAUGGGCACGCCGUGAAGCUCUUCGUGGGACAGAUCCCCAGGCACCUGGGCGAGGCGGAGCUGGGGCCGAUCUUCAGCGAGUUCGGAGCCAUCCGCGAGCUCAGCGUGCUCAAGGACAGAUACACGGGGCUGCACAAGGGGUGCGCCUUUCUCACAUACUGCUCAAGGGAAUCUGCAAUAAAAGCGCAAACCGCGCUGCAUGAACAGAAGACGCUACCUGGGAUGACUCGGCCCAUUCAGGUGAAGCCUGCAGACAGUGAGAGCAGAGGAGACAGGAAGCUGUUUGUGGGCAUGCUGGGUAAGCAGCAGGCCGAGGGGGAAGUUCGCCGCCUCUUCCAGCCCUUCGGGGUGCUGGAGGAGUGCACCGUUCUCAGGGGACCUGACGGGGUCAGCAAGGGCUGUGCGUUUGUCAAGUUCUCCUCUCACGCCGAGGCGCACACAGCCAUCGGAGCCCUGCACCUGAGCCAGACUAUGCCGGGCGCCUCCUCGAGCCUCGUGGUGAAGUUCGCCGACAGUGACCGCGAGCGCAGCGCCCGGCGCCUGCACCAACAGCUGGGGGCCGCCGGCGCGGUCGCCCUGCAGCUCACCGCCGCAGCACCACCGCCACCACCACCGGGGGCCGUCACUGCCGCGGCCGUCUUGGCGGCUUACGGGACGGCGGAGGCCUACGGGACGGUGUUCACGCACACGGCCGCCGCCCUGGCUCAGCAGCAGCAGCAGGUGGCGCUGAUGACGGGCCGUGGCUGCUGCAGGAGGGGGGGGCGGCCCCCCAGCGUUCCUGCAUGGGGUCACGACGCUCAACGGCCUAAUGGGCCCCCCCCCCCCGCGAUGGUGGUGAUGACCGUGCGUGCCCAUGUGUCCCAUUGCCCCCCGUGUCCCCCCCAACCCCCCACAGCCAUCCUCUGCCCCUGUCCCCUGGGUCGGGUGUCCCCCCCAGGGGCUCCGCCCCUGGCCGUGGGGGGGUUCGGGCUGGCCCCGUCCCUCGUCCCGCACCCUCCCGGAGACUCCGCCUGCAGCAGCUUCGCCUACACAGCAGCUAUGAGCCCCAUGGCCUCAGACUCUCUCCAGCAGGCCUACAGUGGGGUGCAACACUACACCGCCACGUACCCGGCCGCGUUCCAGGCUUUCACUCAGACGACAGCUGCGCUGCAGCAGCAACAGCAGCAACAGCGAGAAGGCCCCGAGGGAUGUAACCUCUUCAUCUACCACCUCCCACAAGAGCUGGGCGACAUGGAGCUCAUGAAGACGUUCUCCCCCUUCGGCAGCGUCAUCUCCUCCAAGGUCUUCCUCGACCGUGCCACCAAUCAGAGCAAGUGCUUCGGGUUCGUGAGUUUCGACAACUCUGGGAGUGCUCAGGCGGCCAUCCAGGCCAUGAAUGGCUUCCAGAUCGGCAUGAAGAGGCUGAAGGUGCAGCUGAAGAGGUCCAGAGACUCAAACCGCCCUUACUAAUAGUGGGGGGCUCUCGCCCCCCCACCCAACUCAGCCACACACACAGAGGAAGACGAAAUGAGUGUGCAUCAACACUCACUCUCAGUACGCAUCACUCUCACUCACGUAAAAAUCACACUCACACACACCAUAAUACUCUCACACACCAUCACAUUCUGGCACACACAAAGACAAAGAUACCUCGUAUAGCCUUUAACAGACUGUAGGGGCAAGUGCUGCUAGUGAGCACCUUUGAAGGCCGGCACAGCACACGAGGGGGUGGGUGACCAACACCACGCCCGACCGCCUUUGUCUCCCCAGUGGCGACAUUUACACACCCGCACUAGGUAUUUAUUUGAGGCUGAGUCGACCUACGGGAGGCCCAGGACCAGUUCACAUAAUCGUCACUGGUGUUGCCCGUGAGCGGGAAUCGAACCCAGGUCGCCAGGUUCGUAUCACAGUGCACUAACCGCUAC